AUGGCAGCUAGGGACCGCUACGGUGGUGUCUACGCUGACAUAGGCUUGACACCUCUGCAGCGAGCUAUUCGAAAUGCCUGUGAUAUUACUCACUACGAACCAAAUCUCGCCCUGAACCUCGAAGUUGCGGACUUGGUCAACUCUAAAAAAGGCAAUGCUCCGCGCGAGGCUGCUCUCGAAAUUGUCCGUUUGAUCAACUCGCGGAAUCAGAAUGUUGCCAUCCUGGCGUUGGCGCUGCUCGAUAUCUGCGUCAAGAACUGCGGCUAUCCUUUCCAUCUUCAAAUCAGCACCAAGGAAUUCCUGAAUGAGUUGGUGCGACGAUUUCCCGAGAGGCCACCGUUGCGCCCUACAAGGGUUCAGCAUCGCAUUCUAGAGUCAAUCGAGGAGUGGAGACAGACUAUCUGUCAGACAUCGAGAUACAAGGAAGAUCUGGGAUUCAUUCGCGAUAUGCAUCGUCUUCUUCUCUAUAAGGGUUACGUCUUUCCUGAAAUUCGCCUUGAGGAUGCCGCCGUCUUAAAUCCCAGCGACAACCUUCGCUCGGCAGAGGAGAUGGAGGAGGAAGAGCGGGAGGCUCAAUCGGCCAAACUGCAGGAGCUUAUCCGGAGAGGUACACCGGCCGAUCUACAGGAAGCCAACCGGUUGAUGAAGGUAAUGGCUGGUUUCGACAACCGGCACAAGACCGACUACCGGGCCAAGGCCGCGGAAGAAGUGGCCAAGGUGCAACAGAAGGCCAAGAUCCUCGAGGAGAUGUUACAGAGUCAGAAGCGGGGAGACCGGAUCCCCGAAGGAGACGUAUUCGAGGAACUCGCCAAUGCACUGCAGAGUGCACAUCCGAAAAUCCAGAAGAUGUGCGAGGAAGAGUCGGACGAUCCGGAGGCUGUGAACAAGCUGUUGGAGAUCAAUGAUAGCAUACACCGUACCAUUGAACGGUACAAACUGGUCAAGAAAGGCGACCUGGAAGCUGCAUCGCGGAUUCCCAAGGGUACGCUGGGCACGACGACGGGUGUCUCCAAGAACGCCAAUAAUGAGUUGUCUCUAAUCGAUUUCGACCCGGAACCCAGCUCCAACGGCAGUGCCUCCCGGACGGCCCCAGGUGGUAACUCCCUGGAGAACGAUUUGCUUGGUCUUUCGAUCGAUGAGCCGGUGCCCUUAGGAGGAGGAAUCUCGCUGGGACCGACCAACCCACCCGCGGCUUCUGCCACGCCACCCGUGCAACAGGCCUCUGCAGCGCUCCGGCCCAGCUAUAAUAUCCUGUCUUCGUUGAAUGCAUCGCAAUCGAUCUCACCGUCGCCGUCGCCGGGGCCCGGGGUAUCACAGCCUCAAAACACCACGGCUACACCGCCCCCGGCGGUCGAUCCCUUCGCCUCGCUGGUCUCGGCCAGUCCCCGGCAUGCUAGCCCGAUCCCGUCCCAAAGUCCAACGCCGGCAGUAGCCGGUUCUGCCCUCCUCGACCUGAUAGGGACGCCUGCUACGGGGGCGGCCAGUGGCGAUGCGAAGGGAGCGGAGGACGACGAGUGGAAUUUUGCAUCGUCGUUGCCGGAGACUAGCGCCCUGCCUAGCGUGAACCGGGUACAAGUUCUGAACUCGUCGCUGAAGAUUGAAUUUGUGGUGCGACGACAUCAGCAGCAGGCGCGAUUGAUUCAUGUGAUGGCCUUGUUCUCCAACGCUACUGCCCAGCCGUUGAGCGAGCUUCACUUCCAAGUGGCAGUCGAAAAGUCCUACACGCUGCAACUACGACCGCAGUCGGGGCGGGAGAUUGGGGCGCAUCAGACGAACGGGGUGCAGCAGGAGAUGCUAGUGGACGGAGUUGAUACAGGUAAGGGCAACUCCAUCAAGAUGCGGUUCAAGGUGUCGUACCGAAUGGGCAGUGAACGGAAGGAGGAACAGGGCAUGGUACCUGCGCUAGGGAUUGCGUAG